UGCUUAGAUAACGGCUGUAACAAGAAGCGUUUAGUGGAAGAUAAACAGAUUCACACUGCAGUUAGGGGAUUAUUUUCUGUCUCUAAACGAUGAAUUUGAAGUCUUCGCUGCGCUUUUACUUGAUUACUUUGUGCUUUUAAUCGUUAAAAAGCCGAUUUACGAGCUGCUGGUAGCGGUUAGCUCCUUUAGCUCGGACUAAAGCUUUGCUAGUUCUGUUAGGUUUGCUUUCAGUUCACCAGGUAACGGUUUGAAGCUGAAGCUGCUGUAACCCAGGUACCACCCGAAACUCCUCAGGCAGCUGUGUCCCAUGGAGCGGACUGACCGGGGAAAGGACCCCCAGCUGCUGAGGAACCAACCCUACGACGAGAGUCUGGACGUGGAGGACGGAGAGGAGGUACCGAGUGUCUACAGCCCGACUCCCCGAGGACAGAGACAGACCGAGUGGAGCAGCAAGAAGGUUCUUGGCAUCAUGUCCACCAGCAGCAGCAGGAACCAGCUGGAUGAGGAGCACAGACCUGUGAGGGGCAGAGAGCUGGCGGGGCUGAAGCCAGGGCCCGGUCUGACCCAGGAGGAAGAGGAGGAGGAGGAAGAAGAGGAGGACUCCGAUGAGGAUGAGUCUGAUGAAGAUGAUGAUGACGAUGAGCCCACUGAAACCCUGGAGGGAGUGUACGACCCUGCAGACUACUCCAACCUGCCUGUUACCACGGAGAUCAGAGAGCUGUUCCAGUACAUCACCCGGUACUCUCCUCAGAACCAGGAACUGGACCUCUGCCUCAAGCCCUUCAUCCCGGACUUCAUUCCAGCUGUAGGAGACAUCGACGCCUUCCUAAAGGUACCGAGGCCGGAUGGGAAACCAGACAACCUGGGCCUACUGGUUCUGGAUGAGCCCAGUGUGAAGCAGUCGGACCCGACGGUUCUGUCUCUGUGGCUGUCGGAGGAAACCAAACAGCACGGAACCACAGAGGUGGCGCCGCUUUGUAAAUGUGACUGGCCACAAGAAAACCAUGAAUACGUCGACUCGGGGCGUUUUGAGGUCGUUUCAGAUUCUUAAUGUGUGGAUUCUAAGCUUUCUAAUAAUAAAAAAUACAUGGAAAUGAAAAAC